CACGGAUGAAAAGUGAAAAAAAGUAUUGCGGUGGCCCAUGUGAAUUAUCAAUGACAGAUCCAAGCACUUUUAGACAGGUUAUUCAGUACUAUUACUAUCUAAUUCAUGUGAAUCCAAAUGCAGAUAUCUUAUCAGUGACUCAGCAAAUUAGCAAUAAUAUAAAAUCAAUUUGGGCUUCAGUAAACCCAAGUUUACCUCUUAUAACUGACAAAUCUAUUAAUAGGAAAGUAAAAGAUCUUCUCGUACUUGUUAAGGAUAUUAAUCGCAAGCGCUAAAAGAAAUCUUGAUGCUAACUUGGACAAACUCUUUGAUAUUUCUGCGUGUUCCUGUUCAUUAGAUGUGUUUCCCUGUAGUGAUAGAAAAGUUUCUUGCAAUAAAGAAAAUUGCAUUGAAGAACAUAUUGUAUGCCUUUGCUCUCAAAGUAAUAAAGUACCUCUUGAAGACAGAGCUUAUCUUCGUGAUCAGAGAAAAAAAAUUGGUCCAAAAGGUGCAUAUCAACUUUCUUCCGUUGAUAGAUUAUCUGUUAAAAAGACUCAAAAACUUGAUAAAGAACGAAAAAAAAUAUUUCAUAAUUUAGUUGAUGAAGAUGAAUCCCCUAUACCACAUGUAAACUUAGUUGAAGAAGCAAGUGGUUUAUCCAAUACGGAAGUAAAUGUUUUAUAACUACAUGAUAUAUUCGUAGUAGAUGAAAUAUAAAGCAUUUUAUUUUUUUAACUUUUUUAGGAUAAAGGUGAAUGGAAACCAAUAAAUAAUCCUAUUGGAAAAUACAACUUGGUUAAACUUCCAAGAUUUGCAAUGGAACUAGUUAGAAACGAGUGCUCGUCAAACGUAGGUGCAGCUCUAGCAAAUGCUUUACUACAUGACAUUAAACAUCUCCUGAAAGACGACGUUGAUAUAAAAGGUAUUUUGAUUGACAAAUGCAAAUUAGAUAGAGCCAAAUCAAAAGUAAAAACUGUUACUGAAGAUGUGGACUCAGAACAAAAAAAACAGUUAAUUUGUCUUGGGGUUGAUGGCAAGCUCGAUCAGAUAACUAAAACAAGUAAAAUAAUAAACUCACCUCAAGGAGAAGUACUAAAGAAAUGCAUUGAACCUGAACAUCACCUCACAUUUACUUAUGAAGAUGGAAAAUCGAGUGGAAAUUAUUUGACUCAUAGGACGAUUCCUGUUACUGGUGCUACAGGCUUAGUUCUUGCUACCGAAACGUUCAGUGUUUUACAAGAACAUAACAGUUUGGAAAGUAUACAAGCUGUUCUUCUUGAUAAUACAGCUACCAAUACUGGACCAAUAAGUGGCUUAGUGGUAAAACUAGAAGAGCUUUUAAAAAGAAAACUACACCUAAUUGGAUGCGCAUUACAUCAAAACGAACUUCCGUUACGAGCUCUUUUUAUAAAACUUGAUGGUGACACAACUGGGCCAAGAAGCUUCAGUGGUCUACUUGGCAAAAGAUGUGCUGAAAAUAUUCAGGAUAGAAAUCAAGUUUUGUUUGAACGUAUUGAAAACCCAAUAGUAGAUGGAUAUAUUCCAGAAGAAAUAUUAAUAGACCUUAGUUGCGAUCAAAGACUUUUGUUUGAAUAUUGCAAAGGAAUAGGCUUUGGUAAAGUUUCUGAUAAAUGGGCUGCCUAUAAAAUUGGACCGCUUAACCAUGCAAGGUGGUUAACUCUAGCUAUUCGCCUUCUCUGUUUAUAUACUAGAGACAAUCAACCAACCGUUUCUUUAAAAAAACUUGUAUACUUUAUUGUUCAAGUUUAUGCUCCAGCAUGGUUCAAAAUAAAAAAAUCUUCAAAAUUCCACGAAUCCCCGCGCCUUAUUUUUUCUACUAUUACUAGAAUAAAUAAUCUCCCCUUUGAUGAUGUUAAACUUAUUGUUAAAAAAAACAUCAAAAAAAAUGCAUUGUGCCUAAAACCUGAAAAUAUUCUUUAUGCCAUGCUAAAAGAUAAUGACAAAAAGAUACGAAACUUUGGUUUUCAAAUCCUACUGGCUCUAAGGCAAAGAGUAAACAACGAAAUUUUGAAAGUAAAUUUGAUGAAAAUUCCGGAAAUUAAUUUUAAUGCUAAUCAUUGGUAUGAGUUGGUUGACAUCAGCAUUACAAAAGUUACGGAGCCCCCUACAACACAACAUUUUUCAAUUGAGCAAAUCCAAUAUAUGAUUGACAAUAACGUUAAACCUGAAAUUUCCGACUUUCCAUCUCACUCCCAGAGUGUUGAGCGAGCGGUAAAACUAGUAUCGGAAGCAUCCCAAUAUGUUUAUGGGUUCGAGAAUCGACACAGUUGCAUUUUAACCAAAUUACUAAGCAGGAAGAUGCGUAAACCAUAUAUUUCAAAAGGACAUUAUUCCCAUUCUUAUGAUGAUAUUUUUUAAUUGAAAAUAUUUUUCUAAAAAUAUAUAUUCCUGUUCAAAA